AUGCUCGUGUGCGCGCUUGGCGCUCCACUGCGCGUCGCCGAGACCAACUACACGGAGGGCAAGACACUGGUACUGAGGCUCAACGAAAAAGCCAGACAGUUGUACGAAGAGGGUAAGGCUUUAAAGGUGCACUAUCACUGUAUACACCUUUCUAAAGGAUGGCACAAUCAAUAUUUAUUCUGUUUUCUUCAGGUGGAGACCCCGAGCGAGGUGGCUGCAGUCAGCGACCCUCCACUGAUGAUCAGGUCCGAGGACAAGUGCGAUCCUGACAGUCUUAAGACCAACCCAGAGACUUGCCUGUCCAGGGUUGUUCUUGCUUUGAAGAAUUAUAGCAGGAUCUUUGGGGAGAGUGGAAUAUUUCAGGGCCAAAACACCAAGUGUGACAAGUGGAGAGCAAAUGCUACAGCUAUAGCUGUGGUGACAGAACAAAUCCUGGAAGCACUAAAGGAGCCAUCUGAGACUCCGACACCUAUGAUGAUGGCUAACUGGAUGACUGAGGGCUACCUGUGCCGUGACAGCGUCGAGCGUCUGUACUCCUUCUCCAUCAUGACAGCUCGUGUCUUCAGCCAUUUGUCUUCACUUCAACAGAAUGAUUAGUGUUUAUUGAUUAUUUAUCAUGAUCACGUUGGUCAAAAUUUGUUCAAACUGCUGCAUUUUGUAGAAAGGUUCUCAUGAGUUAAAUAAUAAUGACACUGUGGAACUAUCGUGAUAGAGAAUACUGAAAAGGA